AUGAUGGGCGACGACGUCGACGUCGACAUGUCGCCGCCAGGCAGUCCGCGGCGCCGGCGGACCUGUCCACCAACUGUCAACGCGUAUUCCGUCGCCCCGCCCCUUUCGUCUUCGUCCCGACGGACCCCAUAUCCUCCACCAGCACUCGCGCUGUCCCCGCCAACCCCACAGGCCCUGGGUCGGUCGCUCACCCGCGUCAGUCCGCAACCAAAGGGCGCGCUCGCCCAAGACGACCACGAACCCGACACUGGUCCGUGCCACGAACCCGACUGUGUCCGCGGCUGUGCGCAAUACCGCUUAAUGCUCCUCCUCGAAGACGAGCGCACCACCUCUUCCCGGCUCCGGCGUGACUUGUCGGAUUACCAGGCUCGUCUCGAAAUGGCCCAACGUGACCCCGCCCAACUCGUUGUCGACCUCUCGGAAUCCCAAUCCCGCGCAGACGCAGCCGAACGUCUGGUGUCGCAACUCCGGCGGGAUUUGGCAGAAGCAGAGAGACGCGCAGAACGCGUCGAGCGUCACUCGGACCGAGUCGCAAAGGAUUUCGAAUGGUAUGCGCAAAAACUCGAGGCCGAACGAAACCAGUGGGCGCAUGAGAAGGGGCAGUUUCUCGCAAACCAUGAGCGCGUCGAGGUUGAGAAUCGCGAGUUGCGAGAGAAACUCGGUUUACCACGUCAAGAACCACGCAGUACCAGAGGCAUCGUCAUGACAAAUCCUAACGAUCCAGAUGGAUGGGUCCGCGUCGGCCAGAAAGAGAAAGUCGAAGUUGUUGGACGACGGUUCAAGUCGUCUGCGGAAGCUGAUGCCCACGACGCCGAGAUGGCGCGUCGAAGUCGACCAGGCCGUACCAUCCCCAACCCAGCUGUGACGACACCGCCAGCCGCUGUUGGGGUGCCUCAAAGCCCCACCACUACGUCGACCAGUCAAACGACAAGUCCCGCAUCAAGUCCAACCAUCUCGGACGGCACGAGUACCAGCUCGACGGCCCGGCCGAGUCCAUCGGCAUCCAUACCCCCGCCCUCGUAA